AUGCGGUUUCUAAUCGCCGGAUUCUGGCUGACUUGCGCAGUUUUUAGUGCUGAAACUGGAGAAAAAGCUGAAAAUUGGCCAAAAUGCGCACACGUGGAUCCAUACGUAGAGUGAGUUUGAAUUAAAAAAAAAACAAAUUUUUUUGCGUCUACAGUAACCCGAAAAAUUUGCAGUUUGGAAGGUUGGCUGAAAUUGGAGAGCACGGCUGUUCGAAAAUGCAAUCACACUUCAGUCAGCACCGAAUUCGAUGAAUCUGUGAGUUUUCUACAGUAAUCUGAGGGUACUGUCAAAACAGUAAUCCUGCCACGUGGUUUUUCAAUUUUAUCGUGAAAUUUUGAAUUUUUUGACACCAAACAUGACUGUGUUCCUAUAAAUUAGGCCUACAGUAACCCAGUCUUGUUUGGUCUCAAAAUAACAGUAAUCUGGAUUUCUACAGUAUUCCAGAUACAGUAACCCAAAGUAUUUAAUUUCAGGAAUCUCAAAAAUAUCUAUGGGGAACAAAAAGUUUCGCGUUCGACGCUUUGGCUUCGGAAAAAUUGGGACCAGCGAGAAAUGUUGGACCACAAGCUCAUCAAUUGUAAGUUUUCUGUAUUUGCCACGUGGAAAUUCGGAUUUUUCAUAAAAUUCUACGUUUUUUGACCCCCAACAUGCUUAUGUUCCUUUAAAAAUCUCGUUUUUUCUGGUCUCGCCACGAAAAUUCGAUUUUUAAAGGAACAUGGCUUGUUGGGUCUCAAAAUGACGUAAAUUUCAAGGGGAAUUCAAAAGGUUACUGUAGCCCGAAUACUGUAGCUUUUUCCAGAUGCGCGGAGCAAAAAUAUGAUGCUCAAUUCUCGACAAGUUUGGUUGUCAUUCAUCACAACGAGGCAUUGAGCACAAUUUUGCGAAUGAUUAAUGGUGGGUCUUGCGGCGAAAAUGAAAAUAUUAAUGGGAUACUGUAGAGCUCGUGAUUACGGUAAUUUUGAGACCAAAUAUCACUGGGUUACUGUGGCUGAAAUUUAAAGGAACAUAUACAUGUUUGGUCUCAAAAUGACCGUAAUCUAGGCUUAUUUGGUAUCAAAAUACCCCAAAUUUUAUGAAAAAUCCAAAUUUUCCAGGAAUCAUUGAAUUCACUCCAAAAUCUUUGCUCAAAGAAAUUGUUCUCUACGAAGAUGCCUCAGAUGAUGAUCACAUUCUCACCGAACAUCUCCAAAAAUUCGCCAAACUUCGAAAUCUCGAAUCAUUGCUGAAAAUCGAGCGAAGCGAAUAUCGACAAGGUUUGAUUCGCGCAAAAGUUCACGCAUCUCGUUUGGCAACAGCCGAAGUUAUUGUAUUUAUGGAUAGUCAUUGUGAAGUGGCUGAAGGAUGGUUGGAACCAUUGUUGCAACCGAUUAAGGAGAAUCCAAAAUCGUAAGGAUUUUGGGGAGUAUUUUGAGACCAAAUAUGGCUGGGGUACUGUAGACUAUAGUCUAGUUAUGCGCCGUUGAAUUUGGCUCAUUUUGAAACCUCAUAAGCCUAGAGUUAUUUGAUUUUCUGAGGGGGUUCACAAUGACUAGGGUUACUGUAGGUUUAUGGGUCUCACAGCGAAAUUUCUUCAGGUCAUUUGUGCUGAUAGAGUUCCACGUGGAAUUCUGAGAAUUUUAACAAGCCUAGGAUUACUGUAGACUGUAUAUGCGCCUUCAAAUUCUGAUCGUUUUGAGACCUCAUAAGCCUAGGAUUAUAUGAUUUAUGGGAUUACUGUAGGUUUAUGGGUCCCACAGCGAAAUUUUUUCAUGUCACUUGUGCUGAUAGAAUUCCACGUGGAAUUCUGAGCAUUCUGACACCCAACACGCCUAUGUUCCUUUAAAAUUUCUAUUUUCUUGGCAAGACCAAAUUUUAAAGGAACACCCACAAGCUUCGCCUAGAUUACUGUCGGAUUUGCAGGUCCUACAGCGAAAACUAUUUCAGAUAUUUAGAGCUUAUCGAAUUCCACGUGGAUUUCUCGUCAUUUUGACAGCCAGAAAGCCUAUGUUCCUUUAAAAUUGUAAUUAUCGUGGCGAGACCCAGAAUACACGAUCUUAAAGGAACAUAUCAAUGUUUAGUGUCUAAAAAUCCCCAAAUAUUUUUCCAGAAUCGUGUUGCCCGUUGUCGAUCUCAUUAACCCAGUCACAUUCGAUUAUUCUCAAUCAAUGGUAGCCAAAUCGGGCUUCGACUGGGGUCUCAACUUCAAAUGGAUCUACCUCCCAUGGGAAUACUUCGAGACACCCGAAAACAAUGUGAAACCAUUCGAAUCGCCAGCAAUGCCAGGUGGAUUAUUGGCUGUGAAACGCGAUUAUUUUGUUGAAUUGGGCGAAUAUGAUAUGGGAAUGGAGAUUUGGGGAUCCGAAAAUAUUGAAUUGUCGUUGAAGGCGUGGCUUUGUGGUGGAAGAGUGUUGGUGGCGCCUUGUUCAAGAGUUGGACACGUUUUCAGAAUGAGAAGACCGUAUACUUCGAAACCUGGAAUGGACACGGCACUUUAUAAUGCGGUUAGAGUUGCGAAAACUUGGCUUGGAAAUUAUGAGGUGAGAUUUUUUUCUCGUCAUUUUGACACCAAAUAAGCCUUUUCCUCAAUUUGGCGACCCUAAAAUCGAAUUUUUUUUCAGAAAAACUUUUUCGCCGCCAAACCCAACGGCAAAAAGAUUGUUUUCGGUGAUAUUUCGGAAAAUAUCAAGAUUCGCAAUCGAUUGAACUGCAAACCAAUGGAAUGGUUCGUUGAAAAUGUCUACCCAGAUUUGGCACCAAAAGUCCACGAUGAACUUUAA